UUUAAAAGUUUAUGUUUAGAAGUUAACCUUUUUAUCGUUGAAAUGGAGCCAGGAACAUUAACAAGGGUAUUGCACGAUUUUCUCACGACUGUCGAAGGAGAAUUAAGCCUUCGGAAAGGAGAUUAUUUUUUGGUGUACAAUGCUGUCGACAAGCAUUGGUGUUAUGGGCAAUCCGAUAGACAAGUGGGGAAGUUUCCAGUGAAUUAUUUAUUGAAAGUAGAUAUUCCAAUUGUAGAUGAAUCUGCAUCUUUAUUCGUAUCAGUUACUCCAUUUCGUGGCGAGCAGCCAGGUGAUCUGUCGUUUGGAAAAGGACAAAUCAUUGUUGGGCGAAGCGAGGUACAGCCCGGAUGGUUUUCUGGUUAUUUGGAAUCUCAAAAAGGAAUUUUUCCAACUACUCACGUAUGGCAGCUUAACAAAUCAUUAAUCAAGCAUCCGGCAAAAAAGAAAUCAGUGCAGAGAAAAGCAAGAGUGAAAACAAAUCUUAAAGCACAACUCGAUGAAGAGUUAGACCUGAGAGAAGGAGAAAUAUUGACUGUAAUUGAAAUCGUGGAAGACGGAUGGUGUCUGGGAAUAACAGAAGACAAUAGAAAGGGCACUUUUCCCGAAACCUUCAUAACCUACAUCGAUGAAAGUGUAGACGAAACAGACGAAAGUAUUGCAACUCCAAACGAUCCCUUGCCUCAAUCAGUAGAAAAUGGAGGUCCCAUUUACAAAGAUUUCGGAGACGCUCCCAAUGUUUGGUCCUCAAUUGAUGAACCUGCUCCUAGUUAUUUCGAUUUAUAUCCCGAUUACUUGCCACAAACGACUCCAGCUCUUCCUGGAUCUGCUUCUUGUUCUGAAGCGGAUCCUGUUCCUGAAGCGGAUCCUGUUCCUGAAGCGGAUCCUGUUCCUGAUCUGGAUCCUGCUCUUGAAUUGGAUCCUGUCCCUGAAGCUGAUCAUGAAAACGCCCACUACGAAGAGAGCCCAAAUCCGCUUGGAGUAGAACCCUAUGCCAUAACUCUUUAUCCCUUCCAUGCUCAGUUUCCGAAUGAGCUAAGCUUCGAGGCAGGCGAAGUAGUUCGUUUGAUAAAAUACAUCGAUUCAGAAUGGGCGGAAGGUUCGAUCGACUCAGUCAAGGGCUUGUUCCCCGUCUCCUAUGUAAACAUCAUCGUCGACUGCGACAAAACGAAAGAGGCGACUGUCCCUGCUGAUGAGAAGUCAGAGUGCUUUUCCAAACAGGAAAAUCUCUUCGAACCGGAGAUGUUAGCCAAGGUGGAGUAUACAUUCGAAGCUCAGAUGGAUGGUGAUCUGAGUGUUGAGGAAGGCGAUAUUGUGUCUGUAGUGGAAAUCGCGAACGACGAUUGGAUCAUCGUGAGAAAUAAGGAAGGGAGAAUCGGAUCCUGUCCCAGCUCCUAUUUAACUUCUUGGCUUGAGCCGUCGAUUGAGAUUUUCCAUGACGCUUUGGAGGAUUUUGUGGUGAUACGAAAGCAUGACGAGACUGAUGAAUCUGCAGCAAAGUCGGCGGAAGAUAAGAGAUUGUCGCAGCCUCAUAGACCUGCGCCUCCAGCACCUGCGCCUGGCCGAGUCCCUCUGCAGAAACAAGCUCAUCCUUCGGAUGAUGUUGAUCUUGAGAGGAAGAAGAGGGCGGAUACACGACAGAAUGUAAUUUCGGAAUUGGUCCUGACUGAGAAAGAAUAUGUCAGGGAUUUGAAAGUCACUUAUGAGACGUUCAACUUGUAUAAUCCUUCUUUUCUGGAAAGUCGAGGCGUUGAUGUCGCUACGCUCUUUGGGAAUAUAGAGGAGAUUACGAGAGUUGCUGAAGAAUUGUUAGACUCGAUUUUCAAGUCUAUGAAGGGAUGCGAUGAAGAGGCGCAAACAGUGGGUCCUUGCUUCGUAGAAAUGGCGGAGAAAAUGCAAUCUGCGUAUGUUAAAUAUUGCACCAAUCACGAGGCGGCUUUGGUCCUGCUGCAAAAGUAUAAAGAAAAUAGAGAUAUCAUGGUGGUAUUUGAUAAAGGAGUCGAAACAUUGCGUCGCCAAGUUACCUGCUUUGAUAUGGAUUCCAUCUUGAUAAAACCCGUCCAAAGAAUUUUGAAAUACCCUUUAUUGUUGCAUGAACUAAUUAAGAAUACCGAAGAUGAUCACGUGGACAAACCGAAAUUAGAGGAAGCCUGGAAAGUGAUGUCAAACGUAGCGAAGAACAUCAACGAAUCUAAACGAAGAAAGGACAUAAUUUCUAAAUACUGGGAAACUGAUAAUACUCUAAUGCGCAAAAUAUACAAGAUAAAUAUGCAUUCUGUUACGAAGAAGUCGACGCGAUCGAUUGCAAUGAUUUCAGCCUCCUUUGGUUCCACAAAUCUGACCCCAGACGCAGAAUACGAGGAGCUAACUAAACAAUUUAAAUCGGUCGAGACAUGCGCGAAACAAUUGGUUCGCGAUGUCCAACAGUGCGUUUAUCAUUUGAGCGAAGAGAUUAGAUGCAGUGAAGUUUUAUCCGAAUUGUUGAAUCAGUAUCAUCAGGGCACGCCGAGUACUGAGAUUUAUCAACUCUGCAAGGCUCGAGCGAUUAUCAGAACACAAUUUUUGCAAGACUUGGAACGAUGCGUGGAAAAGAGGGUGAAAAAACCCUUGAAUGAUUUAAUAACUCUUCUGGAAGGGCCUGAAAUUUUGAUCACGAAAAGGUAUCACAAAAUGCUGGAUUACGAUGUGGCCAUUUCGAAAAGUGAAAAAAACAAGGAUAACAGGAGUGUUCAAGAAGAAUUAAGUACUGCAAAAAAUAACUUUGAAGCUCUACAUCAGCAAUUAAAGGAAGAGCUGCCUAUUUUUAUCGAAGCGAGUACUCAGAUACUGUACCACUGCAUCAAUGCGUUUGCAAAUGCUCGAAAGUUGUUAAGUGGAAGGGUUAUGAAUCAGUACUUGAAAUUAUCUAAGUCUGCCGGUCAAGUUGAGCUGCAAAACAUUCUCAAAUCGUUUUUGGUGAACCACUAUUUACUAUACAAUCAAAUCAGUCGAAUAAAUUUACCCGCGGUUUCUGCGGAGGUAGAGGUUGGACCAAAUAAAUUAUCUUCUCAAACUGAAAGACUGAGAAAUACACUGCGGAAUAAUUAUCCAUCGCAAAUAUUAUAUUUAGUGACGGAAAAUGUCGUGGGAGCGACACCUUUGGAUAUAUCUGCUGUCGCAGGAACAUGGGUCGCCGUGAUCAAAGAAAAAGAUCCGACUGGCGAUACUUCAAGAUGGUUUGUUGACAAUGGAGGAACCAAAGGAUUUCUGCCUAGUCGGGCUUUAAAGCCUCUGCAAAAUUUGCAAAAAUUCAACGAAAAUAGGGCCGAAAUUUCGGCAAAUCGAAGUCCAACUCCUGAUUUAAUGUCGCUCGAUUCUCCAGUGAAAGAGUCGAAAGCCAAGGAAACGAAUUCGUCUCAAUCGCUUUGGUAUAUGAAUUUUGGUCAAGAAUCUAAGGACUCUCUUGAUUCUCAAAGUGUCGAAGAACCGAUUAAAUUCUACUAUGCUUUAUACGAUUUUGCUGGAAAACAAGAAGGUACCUUAUCGGUUGUAACAGGCCAGGCUCUGAAGCUCAUUAGACCUCACGAUGAAAAAGGAAACAACGCGUGGUGGUUAAUGGAAGAUAGAAACGGUGUAAAAGGAUACGUACCUCAAAAUUACGUGGGCCCAAAGGAAUUGUUACUAAACUAAAUUUUGUACAAAUUUUCUAUAGACAUUAUUUUAUUAUUGGGUUUGCCAUAAUGUUGUGCCUCGAUUUUUAUAGAUUUAAUAUAGGUAGCAACCCCAAUAGGGAGCCACCUACCCAUAGUGGGCCACACCUUGCAAAAUAAAUAUGUAAGUAAAUUAUUAUAAAUAUUUAUUUAAUAAUUUACGAAAUCAAACAAAAUAAUUAUCCGGAUUUUUUUUUUAAUGAAUAUUUAUUAAAUAAUAAGUCAAAUUAUUUUACAUUGGGUGGCCCACUUUCGGUUGGGGCCCAAUAUUGGGGCUGUUACCCUUCCUAGAUUUUCAGUUCGCAGAACGAUGAUAUCUGUAGAAUGCGCACAUGUUCAAAGUAUUAAAAAUAUUUUAAACAUCUUCAUUAGCGUGGAUCGAAAAAAAAAUUAUUUUCGAAAUUUCAAUCAAUACAACAAAUUGGCGUACAAAAAU